CUAUGCGUUUGUGCGCGUCGUAGCGGUGUCACUGGUGUCACAGGUUUGCCAAGGUUGUAAUGUCAGUCGCUUUUAAAUAAGCUGAGGAAUGAAAUUAGAUUUUUUUUAAUGACAGUGUGCAUGUUAUGUUACUACUGAGACUACUGUGAUGCUCCACAAUGUCUCUAAGCGCAGUUAUUGGAGGAAAUGGGAUAUUUGAGGCUGUUCAGAGAGGAGCCAUCGAACAGGUCGCUCAGCUAAUUCAGCAGGACCAGACAGUCUUACAACAGAAAGGCUGGGGUGGUUUUACUGCCCUUCAUUUUGCUGCCCUACAUGGAAACCGGCCAAUAGCUGAACUCCUCUUAAGUAGCGGAGCUGAUCCUAACAUACCUUGCGAUGCAGGCCAAACCCCUUUUCACUUUGCCUGCAGACAUGGUAACAUCAGCAUCAUGCAUAAAAUGAUGCAGCAUGGUGCAGAUUUACGCAUUGUGGAUCAGCAGAGAAAAACAUCACUACAUCAUGCAGUUAGUGGGGGGAGCAUUGUUGCCAUGCAGUACCUCUGGGAGACCACCAUGUUCCAGUUCUCAGAUGGUGAUAACUCCCUGAUCACUCCUCUGCACAUGGCAGCUUCCACUGGGAAUACUGAUGUGGUCAGGUACCUUCUACGCAACAACAGAUGUGCAGCAGACGCUGUAGACCAGCAGGGGGCGACAGCACUGCAUGUGGCUGCCGAGAAAGGCAUAAUUGAGGUGUGCUGGCUGCUACUGCAGAGUGCGGGAUUCCACAUUUUACACAUGAAAAACCACACUGGCCUCACACCUCUAGACCUCUGUAAUAGCGGAACUACUUUUAGACAUCAGCAGCUCACCAAAAUUUUGACCCAGUUCAUCAAUAAACCAAAGGAUCAGAAACCCAGAGAAUCAUAUGUGGUGUACUACUGGACACUCCUGUUGCCCAGUCUCAGUGGGGCAGCAGUGCUCCUCAUAGCUGCAGCAUUAGGAGAAUAUGGAGGAGUAUUUUGUGGACUACUUUUUCCCUGGGUGGCAAAAAUCACCCUGUCCCAAUACCACAGAAUGAGCAGCUAUCAGAGGCUACCAAAUCCCAUCUAUCUUGGGACGCUGACUGCAGGCAUAAUUCAUUCCUUGGUCUGCUAUUACUAUAAAAUUCUGCCUAGUCUUUGGCCAGCUCAUACUCUCUUACACAUUUCAUUGCUCCAUUUUGGUGUCGUUCUUGGGCUCUUCUGGAAGGUUCUAAGACAGGAUCCAGGUCGACUCCAUUCAGCUGAUGCAGACCCCAGAUUCACCAGUAUAGCUGACCUGGUGGAAGCAAAUCAGAAUCCUAAUCGCUUCUGCAUUUACUGUGAACUAUUCCAAGUGGACAACUGCAAGCACUGUCGCCUGUGUGACAUUUGCGUAAUGGAUUAUGACCACCACUGCCUUUUCCUCAACCACUGUGUUGGGCGAAACAACCACCAGGUCUUUGUGCUGUUCAUCCUGGCUAUGAUUGUUGCCCAUCUCCUCUUCAUAAGCACUGCCAGCUAUUACCUCUACUGGAAGAUGACCACAGAAGAGCACUGGAGUUGGAGCUCAGUAACGGGGAGAGAGUCAUGGGUGCUCCUGCUGCUCUUGCUCAACCUCCUCACUCUCCUUUGGCAGGCCUGGCUGCUCUCUGAACAGUUUGAUGCCAUUUCCACUGGAACCACCACCUACUUUAGGCGUUCUAACAGUAAGAAGCCUGCUUGGGGCAAGUGCUUGGCUACCGUUCUCUCUUUUCUGAUUGAAGGGAAGAGUUUUAGGAGUCAACAGUGCAUCUCUGUUGACAUUUAGAAUUAUAAGAAUUAAUUUUCAUCUUGGACAGUUGUUCUACUAUAACGUUCUCUUAAGGAAUGAGCUCUUGAUUAUUGUGAUCUUGUCAAGUUUGGUCAGUUGGAGUUUUUUAUCAGAGCCUGAUCAUUUUUAGUGAUUUUAUUGACCGACAUAUACAUAAAAUGCGCAUUUUCAUAUUUUCACUUAUCAUUAGGCUCUAUCAAGUUAUACUCUUGUGCACUGUGUGAACAGUAUUAUUUGAGGUUUACUGAACCAUCACUUGUAUUUAUGCUAUUUAUACACCGAUUUAUACACACAUUAUUUUAAUGUUUUCAAUAAAGCUGUAAAAACUGUUGCGCCACUA